UUGACUUGACCUUUCCCCAAGUAUGUAACUUUGCUCCUACCGUUAGGUGAAGCUUAAAGAGACCAUGUUCCUUCUCAGAUCCAGAACACUCAUCUUACUUGAGGUUCCUCCUCUAACUCUUCCUUCUACUGAUACUACACUGCUUCUUCACAAUGCUUUUUGUUCAAAGGAUGUUUCAGGAGCACAUCAUCCGCAGAGGCCGGAGGUAUAUUAGGAGGCUUAACUCUUGGCUUUUGCACUCCACGAUGCAGUCUUAUUGGGAUGAGAUUGAAAUUUUCAAGAAUAAGGUGUUUGAUAAACUGACUGCAAAAGAUGAGAAGGUGUUGGAGAUUGGUAUUGGGACAGGUCCUAAUAUGAGAUAUUUCGCAGCUCGUAAUGUGAAUGUAAACCUUAUUGGGUUGGAUCCUAACCCUAAAAUGAAUAGGUAUGCACGCAAAGCCGCUGUGAGAUCAGGAUUGAAUCCCAAAAACUUCAGAUUCAUGCAAGGAGUAGGAGAGGCUAUACCAUUAGGCGAUGGUUCUGUGGAUGCAGUCGUUGCAACACUUGUUCUAUGUACUGUCUCUGAUGUCACUCAAACACUCAUUGAAAUCAAACGAGUGCUGAGACCAGGAGGGAGUUUCAUCUUCUUAGAACAUGUUGCAGCAGAAGAUGGUUCUCUCUUCAGGCGUUUGCAGAAACUGUUGGAUCCAUUGCAGCAGAUAUUAGCAGAUGGAUGCCAUUUGACAAGAAACACGAGAGAGUGCAUCUUGGAAGCUGGUUUCAGCGGUGGUGCUGAAAUAGAGACGGUGUCAAUGUAUAGUUUCCCGUGGAUAACAAGACCACAUAUAUAUGGAGUAGCUUACAAGUAAAACUCUAUAUCCAAGUAUCGGCUCUGCUCAAAUGCAUAAAACUAUAAAUGGUGUGGAAGGCUUUUAGACGGAAAAAACAAUAAGUCAUCAAUGAAGAACAUUAGUGCUAGGUUAAAGGGUUGGUUCUUUUGUGGCUCUUUUAGUACACAAAAUAAUUACUUCGAAAGUUGGCGUUACAAAAAAAAAAGUUCACGAGUGAUAAGUCUAGGUAGGUUUGGCAUUACUCAAACAUUCAAUGGUACUUAUUUCUUAUUUCAAAAUCACAAGAUCGGGCCAUGUUUCUGUUAUUGGUCUAGCGAUAUCACUAGCUACUGGCUGGCUUUUAUCCGAUCAUUUUUCUUUGGAUGGAGUUUUGGUGGAGUCGACGGUGGAACUUUUGUAUUAGAGGUGGAUGUUACUGAUUUUCACAAUUAUGUUGACGGAUUCAAAGAUCC